GGGGCCCUCUUCCAACUCCCGGGUUCUGUGACUGCAAAGGGCCCGAUUCUGACCAUCUCUCCCCCCUCUCCCUGUCGCCGACGGUGCUGGCUGCUGCUGUCCCAGGCGCCACCAGGCAGUGCACCAGUCAGUUGCUAAGCUACCGCGGGUUGCUCCCAAGGCGCCUGCUGGGUCCUAAGAUCUGGGCAUCUCCUGCAAGGUGCCUCUGCUCUGCCCCGCUUCCUUCCACACGGCUCCGCCGACGCGAGUCCAGGGGUGGCAGGGAGGGGCCACAGGACUCCCACGCCGCUGCUGCCUCCUCCUUCCCUGGCCCCGCCCGGGUCUCUCUCUCUCUCUCUCUCUGGCUCGCUCCCUCUCUUCCCUCUCCUCCCUCCCUCCCUCUCUCUCGUUCACUGCGGCUGCGGGCGGCAUCCAUCGCCAAAGAAGACGAGGCACACGGAGCCCGGCGCCCGCCGCCGCCGCCGCCGCCGCCAUCGCAGCCGGGGCUAGAUGCAGGCCAUCAAGUGUGUGGUCGUGGGAGACGGCCCUACUCCAUGCCAUCCUGUUGUGUCUAUGCUGUACGGCUGUGCUUUCAUUUCUUCAGGGCUGUGGGGAAGACCUGUCUGUUGAUCAGCUACACGACAAAUGCCUUCCCCGGAGAAUACAUCCCCACUGUGUUUGAUAAUUAUUCUGCCAACGUCAUGGUAGAUGGGAAGCCAGUAAACCUGGGACUGUGGGAUACAGCAGGACAAGAAGAUUAUGACAGGCUAAGGCCUCUUUCCUACCCACAGACGGAUGUUUUCCUGAUUUGCUUCUCACUGGUGAGCCCAGCUUCCUUUGAAAACGUCCGCGCCAAGUGGUACCCAGAAGUUCGACAUCACUGCCCCAACACACCAAUAAUUUUGGUGGGCACCAAGCUGGAUCUGAGGGAUGACAAGGACACCAUUGAGAGGCUGCGUGACAAGAAGCUGGCUCCCAUUACCUACCCUCAAGGUCUAGCUAUGGCCAGGGAAAUUGGUUCAGUCAAGUACCUAGAGUGUUCUGCCCUUACACAGCGUGGCCUCAAGACUGUCUUUGAUGAAGCCAUCCGUGCUGUGCUCUGUCCUCCCCCCGUGAAGAAGCCUGGCAAGAAGUGCACCGUGUUCUAAGGGCGCCUGAGUUCAGCAUGUUAUGGGUGUCUCCUCCUUGUAUGUGCCAGGAGGAAGCGUUCGCUGGGUGUUCCCGCAAUGGGAGAGGCGGGGCCCUUCAUCAUGUAUGAAGUCAGUGUUUUUUAAAUGUCUCUUUGAUUUAACGUCUGUGUCGAUGUAAAAGGGCCGCAUGGGAGGAGGAGGAGGAGCUCAAUGCUGUCCCACCCCCAGGGCAGAGCGGUGGGAGGUGCAUGCUCCCCGUGUCUCCAUGCCAGGGGGGGGGGUAAUGCGUGAAUGGAAAGACCAGCCCUUUAUUACUACUUCUAUUGGUGCUAGAGCAUUGUGGCAGGAGCAGGUAACAAACCCCAGCUGGGGCAGGGAAAGACAAACGGGACACAGGUUGAAGAAGUAGCCUUUAUAGUGCUUUAUUUGCACGAGACACUAGCAAAGCUAAAUGAUCAAUGCAGCUCUGUGCCAUCCCAAGCUGCCUUUGCCUUUCAGGAUAUCAGCCUGUGUGCUGCUCCUCAGCUGGUUUUACAGACCAUCAGCUCUCCCAAAGAUGGAGAGUUGGAGGAAGGCCUCUUUACCUUGUCCAGCCUGAGCAGGACAGGGCCAGAUGGCAGGAACCUUUCUGUAAGAUUAAAGAUGAUGCAGGUGGAAAGGGUUAUGGCCAACCCCUUCCUUUUACCAGGUGGGAUGGACUGGGGGAUGGAGCAGGGAGAGCUUUGGAGGGGUUGGGAUGGAGACGGGUCCAGUUUUUAAUCAUCGUGUAGAGUGAUGAGCUGAACACCUCUUAUUUUAUACAAUAAACAUUUCUCCAUAAGUAA